AUGGUGACAAAGUUUGUUGGAAGAAGUCAAUUCUUUGAUCUCGAGUAUUGGAAAUACCUUCCUGUGAGGCAUGCCCUUGAUGUUAUGCACAUCAAGAAAAAUGUUUGUGAUAGUAUCAUUGGUACAUUGUUGGAGAUCCCUGGAAAAAAUAAAGAUGGGAUUACUGCUCGUUUGGAUUUAUUGAACAUGGGGGUCAAGACUGAUUUGCAACCCGAGUAUGGACAAAGACGCACUCGCUUGCCUUCAGGGCCUUGGAAUUUGUCAAGAGCAGAGAAGAGAGCGGUUUACAAUUCUUUCUAUGGUAUGAAGGUCCCUGAAGGUUACUUUUCAAAUAUUAAAAAUCUUGUAUCUUUACAAGAUUCAAGACUUCUAGGGCUUAAAUCACAUGAUUCUCAUACCUUGAUGCAACAAUUGCUCCCUGUGGCAAUUAGUUCUGUCCUAGAGAAGCCUACAAGGUAUGCAAUAACUCAAUUGUGCUUCUUCUUCAAUGCUAUUUGUGCAAAGACGAUAGAUAUUUCCAAGCUAGAUAAGUUGGAAGAAUAUGUAGUAGUAACGUUGUGUUUGCUUGGGAAGUACUUUCCCCCUUCAUUCUUCGAUAUCAUGGUUCAUCUAGUAGUACAUCUUGUCAAAGAAGUUCGUCUAUGUGGGCCAGUUUAUUUUAGAUGGAUGUAUCCGUUCGAAAGAUAUAUGAAAGUGCUAAAGGGGUAUGUUCAGAACCUUAAUCAUCCUGAAGGUUGUAUUGCUGAGUGGUAUAUAGCUGAAGAAGCUGUAGAGUUUUGCACCAAGCAUUUAUCCAAUGUUAGUACAGUUGGAGUGUCAUCAAGCCAGAAGAUGGGACUUUCAAAGCCCUUAUCAAGUUGCACAAUGAGUUUAGUUGAUCAAGACUUGUUGAUUCAGGCACAUCUAUAUGUCUUGGAUAAUACGGAGGAAGUUCUACUUUAUAUCGAAGAACAUAUGAUCCACAUCAAGACCACUUAUCCAAAAUUUAGAAAGAGAACAAAGUGGCUACAAGAUAAGCACAAUACCAAUUUCAUUCAUAGCUACGCUUUAAGGUUCAAAGUCAACUUAAUGGGGAAGACAAUAAUGGUGUAUCAGAAAAUUUGCGGUGGCUAG